AUGGCGAACAACAAUGUUGCAGCAAGAAGCGAGGCGACAGGAUACGAAGACAGUGGUCCCGUUGACUGCAGUGGCAGCUUUGAUACUUCGAGUUGCAAGGGCCGGACAGCCAUCGUGACGGGUGGUGCUUCUGGCAUCGGAGCUGCGUACGUCAGGGCGUUGGCAAAGGCUGGAGCCUACGUGGUCAUUGCGGAUAUCAACGAGUCCGCUGCUCAAAAGAUCCAACAAGAGUUCCCGGACACCACGGCCGCGAUCAAGUGCGAUGUUCUCUCGUGGAAAGACCAGCUUGCCGCCUUCAAGAAGGCCAUUGAGCUCUCUCCAGAUGACUCCAUCGACUGCGUCGUGGCGAACGCUGGCAUUUCGACAGACGACGCCAUCCUUACCAACGACAUCUCCAAGGACGAACCAGAUGAGCCGUCGUUCCCCGUUCUGGAUAUCAACAUCAAUGGAGUGUUCUACACGACCAAAUUGGCCAUGUGGUACUUGCAGAAGCAGAACGCCGGCGACCAGAAGAAGGACCGAUGCCUGGUUUUGCAAGCCAGUCUGGCCGGGUACCUUGACCUGGUAGCACCGUCGUAUGGCGCAAGCAAAUUCGCCGUACGGGGUUUGAUGAGGGCGCUGCGGAGGACAAGCGGCAAAGAUGGCAUAAGAGUCAACUUGAUCGCUCCGUGGUACAUCAACACUCCCAUCCUCUCCUCCCAAAUGAGCACCCUCAUCGAAGGCUCCGGCGCAGAGUUUGCGGAGGUUGAGGAUGCUGCGUUGGGGAUGAUGCAUAUGGUCAGCGACGGCAGCAUCCACGGGCGAGCGUUCGGUAUUGUGCCAAGAACCUGGAAGGGAGCUCCGAACGGGUAUGUGGACCUUGACCAGGAUGACUUCAAGGAGGGAACAUGGAUGCAUGAGAAGCAGCAGAAUGUCUUUAAGCCGUUCAAGCUUGCGGCGGAGAAGAGCCAAGCGAAGUAA